AUGCUCAUCGGCAAGAUGCUCAAACUGAGUCAACAACUCAACAAGCUCUCCAAACCCAUCCUCGUCUACCUCGCCGCCCUCCAAGACGUGCCCGUCAACCCCAUCCACAUCGCCACUGCUGCUGCCGCCACUACGACGACGACGACGACGACGUCGUAUUAUGUUGCGAUACCACCCAGGAGGAGGAGGGGGAGGGGGAGGGGCAGGAGGAACGUGGCCGACGCCUUUUCCUUUGGUGUACUCGCCAUCGACGGCGUCGUCGUUGUCGUCUGUGAUGGGAUGGGAAGUUUGGUUGUGGUGGUCUGUGGGGUUUUGGAGAGGUGA